GCAUCUUACUCUAAGUUCUGCACUGAGCAGAAUCAUCACAUGAUAUGGCUCACAACGUGCUUUUACUUCUCUCCCUCUUCGCUUUUGCUAUCACAUUACCCUCCUUCACUGUUGGAGAACCUGUUGCUCCUAUUCUCGACGUUUCUUCUCUUAAUCGAAGUACUUUUCCCAAUGGCUUCAUUUUUGGGGCAGGAUCCGCGUCCUACCAGUACGAAGGUGGAGCAAAAGAUGGUGGUAAAGGACAAAGCAUAUGGGACACCUUCACCCAUAAAUAUCCAGAUAAGAUAGUGGAUAGAAGUACUGGAGAUGUCGCUGUCGACCAAUAUCACCGCUACAAGGAAGAUGUUGGGAUCAUGAAGUAUAUGAAUUUGGAUGCUUAUAGAUUCUCCAUCUCUUGGCCAAGAAUUCUCCCAAAGGGAAAGUUGAACGGAGGUAUAAAUCAGGAAGGAAUCAAAUAUUAUAACAACCUCAUCAACGAAUUAUUAGCUAAUGGUAUACAACCAUUUGUGACUCUUUUUCAUUGGGAUCUUCCUCAAGCUUUGGAAGAUGAGUAUGGCGGCUUCUUAAACCCUCGUAUUAUACAUGAUUUUCAAGACUUUGCUGAAGUUUGUUUCAAGGAAUUUGGAGAUAGAGUGAAACAUUGGGUUACUUUAAAUCAACCAUAUACUUAUAGUACUGGUGGCUAUGCAACUGGAGUGAAAGCACCAGGUCGAUGUUCUAAAUGGUCGAACCCAAAAUGCAUUGGUGGUGAUUCAGGGACAGAGCCUUAUAUAGUUUCACAUCACCUACUUCUUGCUCAUGCAGCAGCUGUUCAAGUGUACAAAAAGAAGUAUCAGACAUCUCAAAAAGGUACAAUAGGCAUAACCCUUGUCUCUCAUUGGUAUGUGCCAAUUUCAAAUAAAAAAUUAGACCAAGAUGCUGCUGGGAGAGCAAUUGACUUCAUGCUUGGAUGGUUUAUAGAGCCACUAACAACAGGAAAUUAUCCUCAAAGCAUGCGAUCCCUAGUUGGAGGACGAUUGCCAAAAUUCUCAAAACAACAAGCCAAAUUAGUAGUGGGUUCAUUUGAUUUUAUUGGUUUAAAUUAUUACACUGCUAAUUAUGCUGGUGAUGCACCUCAACUAAGGAAUGCUAGACCCAGUUACCUCACUGAUUUUCAUGCCAAACUUACGACUCAACGCAACGGGGUUCCCAUAGGUUCAAAUGCUGCUUCAAGUUGGUUAUAUGUUUAUCCCAAAGGAAUUCGUGAAUUAUUACUCUAUGUCAAGAACAAGUACAACAAUCCAUCCAUUUACAUUACUGAAAAUGGUAUCGAUGAGUUUAAUGAUCCAACAUUAUCACUUGAGGAAGCUCUUGUAGAUACUCAUAGAAUAGAUUAUUAUUAUCGUCAUCUCUUCUAUCUUCAACAUGCAAUCAAGGAUGGAGCAAAUGUAAAAGGAUAUUUUGUAUGGUCAUUGCUGGACAAUUUUGAAUGGGCUAAUGGUUAUACAGUGCGAUUUGGAAUGAACUUUGUGGACUUCAAAAAUGGUCUGAAGAGAUACCAAAAACUCUCAGCAAAAUGGUUCAAGAACUUUCUCAAAAAAUAAUAGACUUUAUGUGUACCUUAUGAUCGCAUAAAUAAUGUAAUGAACUGUAUCAACCAUGUUUAAUUUUAAAUAAUUACAUGGUCUUUCAAUAAAAAUCAUGUUUAUAUAAUUGUGUCUUUAAAUA